ACAAGUGACUUGGACACAGACUGAAGCUUUACUUCAGGAAAUAUCUUGUUGGUCUAUGGUAAAACAUGACUGGUGAGGACAAAUUUCCAGCAGUUGAAGUUCUGGAUGGCAAAUCACAGAAGCUCAGCCUGAAACGGGAAGUGGGACUGGUUGGCGCUGUGUCACUUGUGGCUGGCACUAUGAUUGGAUCUGGGAUUUUUAUGUCCCCUCAAUUCGUUCUGGUCAACAUAGGAAGCCCAGGAGGAAGCCUGGUGGUCUGGGCUGCUUGUGGCCUGCUGGCUGUGCUUGGCUCUCUCUGCUAUGCUGAACUGGGGACAGUCAUCCGAGAGUCGGGGGGAGAGUACAUCUAUAUCCUACGGACGUCAGGCCCAGUAUUGGCCUUCAUUUUAAUUUUCAGCUCAGUCAUAUUUGUGAGACCUGCCAGUGUGGCAGGGAUCUCACUGAGCUUUGCUGAAUAUGCAUUGGCACCUUUCUACCAGGACUGUCCAUGCCCACAGCUGGUGGUGAAGUGUGUGGCUGCAGCAGGGAUUGUGGUGACAGCCAUUGUUAACUGUCUGAAUGUACGAUUCUCCAUGUCAAUGCAAGUGUUCUUCAUGGUGGCCAAGGUGCUGGCUCUUUCAGUAAUAAUUAUUGGAGGAGUGGUGUUGCUCGUCAGAGGGGAAACAGAAAGUUUUGAGGAUUCUUUUAAUGGGACCAACUUGGGCAUCAAUCCGAUAGGUAUUGCUUUCUACCAGGGACUGUGGUCCUACGAUGGAUGGAAUAACUUGAAUUAUGUGACAGAAGAGCUGAAACGUCCUGAGGUAAAUCUGCCCAGGGCAGUUAUGAUUGCCAUCCCCAUGGUAACCAUGCUCUAUCUACUGGUCAAUGUGAGCUACUUGGCUGCCAUGACGCCCAGAGAACUGAUGUUGUCGAGUGCAGUGGCUGUCACCUGGGGGAAUAAGGUGCUCGGGAGAUGGGGAUGGGUGAUGUCCAUUGCAGCUGCUUUGUCUGCUUUUGGCUCCCUGAAUGGAACAUUCUUUAGUGGUGGCCGGGUGUGCUUUGUGGCUGCAAGAGAGGGACACAUGCCUGAUAUUCUUGCCAUGGCCCAUGUGAAUCGACUGACCCCCUCUCCAGCCCUGAUCUUCACCACGGCUAUCUCACUUCUGGUUCUCAUCCCUGGGGACUUCCAGAGCAUUGUCAACUUCUUCAGUUUUACAGCCUGGUUCUUCUAUACAAUCACUCUGUCUGGGCUUCUCUACCUCAAGAUCAAGAAACCUGAACUUCCCAGGACAUAUAGCGUUCCCAUUGUAAUCCCCAUCUUGGUCAUCAUGGCAGCGAUUUUCCUUGUGAUGGCACCUAUCAUUGACAACCCCGCAAUAGAGUACCUCUACGUCACCAUAUUCAUCUUCAGUGGUGUAUUGGUUUAUGUGCCAUUCAUUCACUACAAACUCUGCCCUGGACUGUUGGAGAAAGUCACUGUGUUCCUGCAGCUCUUCCUAGAGGUGGCACCAGCAGACAAAAAUGUAUGACAAUGCUGUCUUCUGAGUAAUACCUGGACCAAAAUAAUUUACAUCUGAGAUGGGCACCACCAUAACCUGAUUUUCAAUAGUAUUUAGGAUGGAACUUUUUAAAAAACCCUGAAAUUGUUAUAAAAUUCGGUAAAUAUCAGACUUCAUUUGUACUGACUUGUACUGUAAUAUAGGAUGCUUUCAAUAGAUAACGCAAGUAAACAUACCAUUUUGUAAAAUUGUAGACUUUAUUUGGUAAAAACAAAAAAGAGAAUUUGUUGUUAAUUUUUGUUUUGUUUUACAUUAGUAUGUUCCGACAAGACAUUUAGUAGGAUAAAUCCAAAAUGACUGUGCAGGUAUUACAAAGAUUAGUUCGAUUUUUUUGUGAAGACACUCAAUCAUGGUAAUGUAUGCAGCAUUUUCAGUAUAAAAAGUAGGAAAGCAAUAUGGGUAAAAAUAAAUGGUACCACACAG